GCUCGACCUCGCAAUACCUGGCCAAACCACCCCAAAGCGCACAACUUCUCCUCGAGCCAAAUCGCUGCUUCUCUUCUCUUCUUCCCUCCCUCUCCAGAAAAAAUAGCUAGAAAAACGUACACAUCAGAGGCAAGAGAGAGAAGAUCGCCGGGAUAGCAACAAUGGCAGCGAAGCGGUUCCACGACGGCUACGAGCAGGACCCGGACCAGCCCGACGACAAGCGGAUGCGCCGCCUGCCGUCCUUCUCGACGGUGAUUCGGGAGGCCAUGAUGCAGAAGCACAUGCAGAACCUGUUUAGGCUUCUGGAGCCUCUUCUCCGCCGCGUGGUGAAAGAGGAGCUCCAGGCAGGACUCGCGCUGAGCCCACGCUACACCGAGAGGUUGCCGGAGAUGCCGCCGGUCGAGCGGCCGACGUGGAAGCUGGCGUUCCGGAACCCGCCGCGCCUCCCGAUCUUCACCGGCAGCAAGAUCGAGGACGACAUCAGCAACCCGCUGGAGGUCAUCCUCGUGAACAUGGACACUGGCUCGCCUUCGGCGCUCCCGCAGGCCCUGCGCAUCGAGCUGGUCCCGCUCUUUGGGGAAUUCCCUCAGGACGACCGCGAGGACUGGGCCGCCGACGAGUUCCAGAAGGGCAUCGUGAAGCAGCGCGAAGGGAAGCGCCCGCUCCUCACCGGCGAGGUCAGCCUCACCAUGAGAGACGGGCGCGCCACCGUGAACGAGCUGCAGUUCACGGACAACUCGUCCUGGGUCCGCUGCCGCAAAUUCCGCAUCGGCGUCCGCGUCGUGCCGGGCAGCUACGACGGACCCAGGAUCCUCGAGGCCAUGACUGAGGCCUUCGUGGUCAGAGACCACAGAGGCGAGUUGUACCGGAAGCACUACCCUCCGGUCCUUGGCGACGACGUCUGGAGGCUGGAAAAGAUCGGCAAGGAAGGCGCGUUCCACAGGAAGCUGGCACAGCACCGCGUCAAGACCGUUCAGGAGUUCCUCAGGAUGUUAACCGUCAAGCCCGACGAGCUGCGCGCGAUACUGGGCGAAGGCAUGACGGACCGCAUGUGGGAGAUGACGACGAACCACGCGAGGUCCUGCGUCCCCGGCGACAAGGUGUACGCGCACAACGCGGCGCACUGCACUAUCUACGUGAACUCCGUCUUCGACCUCGUGAAGGUCGAGUUCGGCGGCGUGGAGUGCCCGCUGCAUCAGCUGAACAAGGCCCAGACGAACUUCGUGCAGCAACUAAUCCUGGACGCGUACGAGCACCGCCACAGCCUCCAGGAGGCCGACGCCGUCAUGCUCCACGGCCACGCAGCCAACAACAUCCCACUGCUGCACAAUGCAGCACAUGUCGCGAUGCCGGCGCCUGCGGAUCCAACGCUUUGGUUCCAGAACAACUCGGACAUUGACUUCCCGGUCGUCGACGACGAGGUUCCCGUUCCCCAAGCUGCCAACUUUGCCUACCAGUGGCAUGGCCAAAUUUUCAACAUGCCAGGUUAAGAACUGAACUGGAGAAGGCAAAGAAAGCAGGUGAAGAUCACUGAUCACCUACCUGCAAGGCUGCAAGGCUCGUUCCAGCUAUAGGGUGUACAUUAAUCAGUACUACUACGUGCCAUUGUAAGUCCACGAAAGUGCGUGUCUGUGUGUUGAAGUAACAGCAAGGUUUAAGGGUAGGUGAACUUGAGCGGCCCUUCACUGCCUCGCUGAGCAUGCGCUGAGCAUCCGCCGCGAGCAGCGAGAAGAGGCGACCAAGUGCAAAAUUCUUUGGUUUAAUUCGUAUCCUUCGUUGUAAUUUUCCAGCUUUUUUUUCUUCUGCUUGGUCAAGUAGCGCUCUGCUCCCGUAAAGUUGCAUGUAAUAUCAGGUUGGCAACGCCGGGAGCAGAGCAGACAAACAAGUGUGAUGCCUACAGGCUACAGGGAGAACUUGUUGCAAACGAACAGUUCUGCUCUUUAACUUGUUCCAAAAGUUUUUGUGUCUUGUAGCAUCCAAGUCGCAAUAAAGAAAGGAAGCUAAGUACCUUUUUGUACAUAAAA